UACAUGUCAGGUGUGUGUCAGAAAGAUACAUGCAAAAUAAUUUAUAGGUUACAGCAGUUCUACAGUACAAUAUUAUUAUUUAAUUAAAUGAUAAAUAAAAAUAUUUAAUAACAAAAAUGGAGUGUAUUAUAGCAAAUGUCGAUAAUGUUAAGUUCGAUAUUGAGGUCGCAUUAGAUGAACAAUAUGGAGCUUUGCCAUUACCGUUUUCUGGAAUGGACAAAUCGAUUGCUGCUGUUUGUCAAUUCUUUGCGUCUCCCUUGGGUUGUCAAAAAGGGCCCUUGUGUCCUUUUAGACAUGUACGUGGCGAUAGAACCAUUGUUUGUAAACAUUGGCUUCGAGGGUUGUGUAAAAAAGGAGAUCAGUGUGAAUUCUUACAUGAGUAUGACAUGUCGAAGAUGCCUGAAUGUUAUUUUUAUUCAAGAUUUAAUGCAUGCCAUAACAAAGAAUGUCCAUUUCUGCAUAUAGAUCCCGAAAGUAAAAUUAAAGACUGCCCUUGGUAUGACAGGGGUUUCUGCCGUCAUGGUCCACAUUGUAGACAUAGACAUGUUAGAAGGGUGCUAUGUACAAACUAUUUAUCGGGAUUUUGUCCUGAUGGAUCAAAUUGUAAAUACAUGCAUCCCAGAUUUGAAUUGCCUGCACCACCUGAUCAAAAUUUAAAAGAUCAGAAGAAGCCACCUGUAAUAAUUUGUCAUUUUUGUGGUGAGCAUGGUCAUAAAGCAAUACAUUGCAACAAAAUGAAUCCAGAUGUGAAAGAUAAUAUUCAGAGUGAGGGAAAUAGAACUGUUAAUGUAAUUAACAACUGCAAUAUUAGCAACACUAAUGUAGAAAGUAAUGAAAAUCAACAGUCGUUGUUUACUCGAAAUGUACCUAAAAAGUUGGAGGAUGUGACAUGUUAUAAAUGUGGAACAAAAGGUCAUUAUGCUAACAGAUGCCCAAAAGGACAUUUGGCCUUUCUUUCAUCUCAGUAUAAAAAUGAUAAAGAUGCUGCUGAUUAGUUUGUAAACGAUUAUAUGAUAAUAAAUUUAUUUAAAAUGGUAA